AUGUUUUGUCCAAACGGUUCAUCGAUUGAUCUAUGGGUCAACAAGACAUCAGAAUGUUUUGUGGAAACCACAGUUGCUGGUUCAUUAGCUGCGUACAUGAUACUAUUCGGCACAGCACAAUGCUCGAUGUACAGAAAAUACAGCACGCCUCUAUCACAGGCUGCAAUUCCCCAAUCCAGGCUAUACUAUGUUCAGAUGAUCAUUACAUUUCUACUUCCCCUAUUGGCAGUGGCUAAGUUUUUCCUCGACAUUCACAUUAUUCAACAUGGUGUUGUGUACGGUUAUCAAGCAGUAUAUAUGCUUGUUAUGGUUUUUGUAUUUCCAUUAUCGGCAAAACUCAUACUAAUGGAAAGAAAAAGUCUCUUACCAUCAAUGCCAGCCCGUGGACAUGGUCUAGUCUUGCUAAUUUUCUGGGUAUUGGUAUUCCUUGCUGAAAAUGUGGCAUUCAUUACCAUAAAGAGGGAUGAUUGGUGGCCUAAAAUAAAUAAUUUAAAUGGUCAAAUUGAAUUCGGUUUAUUCGUUGGAAAUUAUAUUUUAAGCUUCUUGUUAUUGAUCUUAGGUGUAAAAGCACCUGGAAUAAUGACUGCAAGAGAUUACUUUAGCCUACACAACUCAACAGAUUUGUUUUUAGAUUCUGAUCGAGUGGAAGAAAUCUCAACAUGGAAGAAUAUGAUUCGAAAAGUCAAAAUGAUAGCACCGUUCGUAUGGCCAAAAAAGAGCGUGGCUUUACAACUAAGAGUAGUUGCUUGUAUUAUUUUGGUAAUUGCUGGAAGAGUAGCCAAUGUAUAUGUUCCACUUUAUAGUGCAAAAAUUGUCGACAGCUUAACUGCUAUUCCUCUUGUUUUUCGUUGGGAUUUAAUUUUUACCUAUAUUGGUAUCAAGUUUUUACAAGGAGGUCUUGGAAUGGGUUUCUUGAAUAACUUAAGAAGUUACCUAUGGAUUAGAGUACAACAAUAUACUAAACGUGAAGUCGAAGUAUCACUAUUCCGUCAUUUACAUAAUUUAAGUUUGAAAUGGCAUUUGAGCCGUAAAACUGGUGAAGUUUUAAGAAUUAUGGACCGUGGAACAGACUCGACCAACAGUUUGCUGUCAUUUUUACUUUUUAGUAUUGGACCUACCAUAAUUGAUAUCAUUGUAGCAGUUAUAUUUUUCCUAUCAUAUUUCAAUUGGAUGAUGGGAACUGUGGUUUUCAUUACAAUGGUUUUGUAUAUCGCUUUGACAAUCAUCAUAACAGAAUGGAGAACAAAAUUUCAACGUCGGAUGAAUAUAGCAGAUAACAAUAUGGAAGCUCGUAGUGUUGAUUCUAUGUUGAAUUUUGAAACAGUUAAGUACUAUGGUGCUGAAGAAUAUGAAGUUAAAGCCUAUAAAGAUGCAAUAAUGGAAUAUCAACACGAAGAGUUUAAAACGCAAGUAUCAUUGGCUAUUCUCAACACCGUUCAAAAUUUGAUUGUAUGUAUAGGAUUGUUAGCUGGAUCAUUGCUCAGUGUUCAUUUUGUUGUUGAUCUUAAAGAGUUAACAGUAGGUGAUUAUGUUCUAUUCACUGUGUACAUCAUUCAAUUGUAUGGACCACUAAACUAUUUUGGGACAUUUUACAGAGCUAUUCAGAAGAACUUUAUUGACAUGGAAAAUAUGUUUGAUUUGAUGAAUAUAACACCAGAUGUUAGUGAUGUUCCUGAUGCUAAAGACUUGGUGCUUAAAAAUGGACAAGUGGAAUUCCGCAAUGUAACAUUUUCUUAUCAACCUGAAAGAAUAGUCUUACAAAAUAUUUCGUUUGUGGUUGAACCGGGCAAGACAUUGGCAUUGGUUGGUCCAUCAGGUAGCGGAAAAUCAACUAUUGUGAGACUGUUGUUUAGGUUUUUCGAUGUAGAUUCAGGAACUAUCAUUAUCGAUGACCAGAAUAUACAACUGGUCACACAAAAUUCACUCAGAAAAGCUAUCGGUGUUGUUCCGCAAGACACUGUUUUGUUUAACAACAGCAUUAAAUUUAACAUCAAUUAUGGAAAAGUUGAUUCUAAUGACUCAGAAAUAAUGAAUUCUGCAAUGGCAGCCGAAAUACAUGACAGAAUUAUGAAAUUCCCAGAGCAAUACAAUACACAAGUUGGUGAAAGAGGAUUGAAACUUAGUGGAGGAGAAAAACAAAGAGUUGCUAUUGCCAGAACGUUACUUAAGGCACCUGCCAUUGUAUUGCUGGACGAAGCCACAAGUGCAUUAGAUACUAAAACAGAAAGACAGAUUCAAGCGGCGUUGGAUCAAGUCUGUGCCAAUCGCACCACUAUAAUUGUUGCACAUAGGCUGUCAACUGUUAUACAUGCUGACGAAAUACUAGUUCUAAAAGACGGACAAAUAUAUGAGAGAGGAAGGCAUGAUGAUCUCAUAAUAAGAAACGGCCUGUAUGCUGAAAUGUGGUCUGAACAACGUAAAUCCAGCAGUGAUAUACCUUCUAAUGAGGAUUCAGCACCUUCAGCAACAAGUACCAGUGAGACUUCAACAAAUACAAAAAGUUACCACCAUCCACAUGUUUAG